AUGAAACGAUGCAAGAGACCCAGUCACGGUAGUAGAGAUUCAAGCGGCAAGAAAUUAAGCAGUGAAGAUGAAGAGCAAAGUAAAGAAGCGCAGUUAGAUGAUAUGAUAAAAGCGUAUUCAUCAGUGAUAAAACACAUCGGAGAGGAUGUGGCACGACAAGGACUCGUCAAAACACCCGAACGUGCCGCUAAAGCGAUGUUAUUUUUCACGAAAGGAUACGAAGAGAAUCUUGAUGGUGCGUUCUUUUCAAAUGAAUAUUACUGA